AUGGUGUCAGUCACCAACGCGGGGGCUUUUUUCCCGAAGCUGAAGCCCGCUGCGCGCGUAAAAAGCGCGGCGCGUGACGACCCAGGCCCCAAGGCCCCACCGCGAGUCGCGCGGGUCAGCGAGAGACAAAAUCCGCGUCUCCCCCAUCUGAGCCUCGUGAGGUUCAAAGGGGUCGACAAGAUCCCCACGGAGGGCAAGUGCGCUUCGACCGGCGCUUCGAAGUACCAGCUGGAGCCUUCGACGGUCUCCGACCUGGCCCUGGACAGCAAGACCUGGAGCUCCGCUGUGAUCGGCAAGCUGUCAAGCUGGAUCCAGCUGGACCGGGCUUUGACGCCCAAUCAGAGGAAGUUCUGCCUGGAUGCUUUGGAGCAGGAGCUGUCCUGGGGCUCCCAUUUAGGCGUCUAUGGCAUCAUCCUGCCUUGCCCCACCGAGAGCUGCGAGCUCUACGCGGCGGCGUUGAGUCGGAUUGGCCUUACCAGCAUUUGCACGACUCAGCUCAUGGUGCGCAUCCCCUUGCUGCGCCAAGAGAAUGGCACUGAGGUGGACGGGUGGAAUACCUGGAACAAUCUGCGGCUGCUGUGCGAUCAGAAUCCUCGGCUGCAGGUCUGUCUGGAGUUCACCGCCGACCUCCCCGAGUCGGACCCGGAGCUGAACCGGUGGCUCGCGGAGCCAGUUCGCUCCGUGAUCAUCCCCACGGACGCCUUUCUCACCAACAAGCAGGGCUUUCCGGUGCUGUCGAAGCGGCACAAGGCCUUCCUGCUGCAGCUCUUCAGGUUGUUCCUCGAGUUGACAGACGUUAAGCAGCUGUUGCUGCCAGCUUUCUUUUCGACCAAAGUGAAGGUCGCCAUGACUCAGGCGCCGGCCUUGGUCCAGGCGGUGCGGAAAAGGGACGUGGCGCGGCUGCGGACCUUGCUGGCGGAGCGGGCGGAUGUGAACGAGGAGAGCGACCGGGGCGUGACCGCCUUCCAGACCGCCGUGAAGGCGGGGCUCGUGGAGGUUCUGGAAGUGCUGGCGAGCGCACGGGCGGAUCCCAACGUGGGGAACUCCUGCGACGGCACGCCGCUCACCUCCGCGGCGUUUCAGAGUCACCAGGAUGUUGUGGAACUGCUUCUGAGACAACGAGCCGACGUGAACGCCGCGUAUCACCAGUGCUAUCCCCCGAUCUUCGCGGCGGCGCACAAAGGGAACCUGCAGUUGCUGCGAACGCUUUUGAGCGCACGGGCCAGUGCCAACACGCAGUGUUUUGAUCAAACCACGGCCAUUCUGCAGACAUCUUGGUUUGGGCACAAGGAGGUGGUUGCAGAGCUCAUUGCUGCCCGGGCCGAUUUGACCGUGAAGCGUACCGACCGAACCAUCCAGGAUUGUGACGCCACCGCAGUGUUUCUUGCAGCGAAGAGAGGACACACCGACACUGUCCGUCUUCUCCUGGAACAUCGUUGCAGCGUUAAUGACGCCACGGUUGACGGUGAAGGCCCAUUGUUUGCUGCUGCUGCCGCCAAUCAUCCGGACACUGUGCAGGUCUUGUUGGAUGCUCGGGCCGAUCUGCAGCAGAGCACAAAUUACCAGGAGCUCCCCACGGCCUUGCACGCCGCCUCCGAACGCGGGCUCCGCGAGGUGGCGAGCUUGCUCCUGGCGGCGGGCGCGGAUCCGACUCUGCGGGCGCCCGAGGGACAGAGCCCCCUGGACUUGGCCAAGGACCCGAAGAUGCGGGAGCUCCUGGAGGCGAAUGGCACCAAGCGGGCCAGGCAGUCGUGA